UAGUGGUGGAACAGGUUGGUCCUGUCUGCAGACACACCUGCACUUCAACAGCCAAUAGGAAGAGACCUGAGAGACGACAACAGCCUCAGUCUCACCUCCACCUGCCAGAACAGACACACAACAGACAGAACAACAGACAGAACAACAGACCAGCAGAGAUGAAUAAACUAGCACAAAUGGUCGGGGAGAAAGUGGGAGACAUGGUGGAGGAUGCCGUGAAGAACGCUCUGGGCAUCAAAGAAAAAGAGGAGGAAAAAGAAGGAGGAGGAAUCCUCUCCCUUUUUGGAGGCGACAAGGACAAAGAGAAAGAGAAGGAGAAGGACAAGGGAGGACUGUUCUCCUUCGGAGACGACAAGAAGAAAGACGAAGGGAAAGGAGGAUUCUUCUCAAAUCUCUUUGACAAGGACGAUGAGGACGACAGGAAGCAAAAGAAAUCAGGAUUCGCAGGUCUCUUCAGUGAGCAGGAGGGAGGAGGCGCUGCCGGAGGAACGGAGGGAGAAACAGCGGGAGGAAAUAUGGCAGGAAGUGUCGCUGUAAAUGAUGGAGAUUUGCUCAGUGAUCUGAUGGAUGUCGCUGCAGAGACGUCUAAAGGGAACUGAGACGCCAGAGACCAGGAUCAGCAUCAGUCCAGCUGCCGGUCUGGGACCUGAGCGCCGCCGUCACACAGCGUUAAGAGAAAUCACAGCUCACCCUGGAAGCUCGGCCAUCCUGUGAAAUCUCAGAGAAGCUUAUAAACUGGACACACACAGGAGUUAAUAUUAUUUCAUAUUCACCUUGAUCUUACCUUGUAUUUACAGGAACUUCAUAUUUCCCAGGAUGUUGAAGAGUUUCUGAACGUGUAUCUGUUGUGUUUCUAUGUGAUUGGAGCUGGAACACAGUAACAGCUGUAAAAUACUGUAUUUAUUCAUUUGUUAUGUAUGAAACAUUUAAAAAAGAAAAAAGACAAAAGACAAAGAACUACAGGCCCCAAAGUACACCAGCAUCUUAUAUAGAUAUAUACUUUAUUAUUCUUAUAUAACACAUAACGCUGUAUUUACAUUAGUGCUGUUCGGUUUCACAUCAUUAUUAUAUAUCAUAAAACAUUUAUGUCACAUUGACUUCAUUCACUAAAUCCAGAGGCAACAUGUAAAUGAUGUAUUAAAAUGUGUUUUUAGUGAAUCUCACAUGAAGAAACAUGGAUAUGUUUUUAAUUGGUGAUUAAAUAAAUGAGUUUGAUUUCAUAUUGAUAAAAUACUAUAUUUAUAAUGUGAAAUGAUGAUGUCACUGGUGUAAAUACCAAUAGUGAAACGCAGCAGGGCUACAUGUAUACACAUACUGUACAUAUGUAUACAUGUAUACAUAUGUACAGUAUAUACUGUGUAUAUAUGUACAUAUUCAUGUGUAUACAUUAGAGAUGGAUCAUGAUCAUGAGAUUUAUUUAUGACUUUGUUGUGAGUAAAGUGCAAAUAUUAUUCUCAAAACUUAAAUAAAGAAAUAAAGAAAUGAGUCAAAUAUCUCUAAAAUAUUCUCAAAGUAAAUGAAAGAAUUGAACCUGUAAUUAAAAUAGAAACAAAGAGUGUAACUUCAGCAUUAAUUAAAGAGAGUUUGAACUGAAGCAUCAGCUCUCUGACUGUGGAUGGGUCAGGACAGGUGAAGACGAGCAGGUGUCCACCCCCACAGGUCUGAGCAGGUGGAGCAGGUCGGUCCUGUCUGAGACACCUGACCGUCAAACAGCUGACGGACAGAAUCAGCAGCAGAGACUCAGACAGAUCCACAGAGAUGGACGUGUUCAGAGACGCGUUCAAGGACGACGUGGGAGACAAGCUGGAGGACGCCGUGAAAAACGCUCUGAGCAUCAGUGACGAGGAAAAGGACAAAGAAGGAGGAGGCAUCUUCUCCUUUUUUGGAGGCGACAAGGACAAAGAGAAGAAUGAGGGAAAGAAAGAAGGAAUAGAAGGAUUGAUCUCAGAUGUCUUUGGCGACAAGGACGAGGACGAGGACGAGGACGAGGACGAGGGCGGACUGUUCUCAUUCGGAGACGACAAGAAAAAAGAGGAAGGAAAGAAAGAAGGAAAGGCAGCGUUCAUCUCAGAUGUGUUUGGGGACGAGCAGAAGAAAUCAGGAUUUAUGGGUCUCUUCAGUGAGCGGGAGGGAGGAGGUGCUGCUGGAGGAGGAGGAGGAAACACAGGAGGAGGUGCUGCUGGAGGAGGAGGAGGAAACACAGGAGGAGGUGCUGCUGGAGGAGGAGGAGGAAACACAGGAGGAGGUGAAGCUGUAAAUGAUGGAGAGCUGCUGAAGGAUCUGAUCGAUGUGGCCAAAGAAACGUCUAAGUGAAGUAACAGACACCAGAAAACCACAUCCUGACCCCUGACAGCAACCUGGAUCCAGAUCCUGGUCUGGGACCAGACCUCAGCUGGCUAAAUGUGGAGGGAAACACUUGUAUUGUGUUUUUACUGAAUAUUAAUUAAGCAACAAAUCAAAAGUGGGAGGUAAAAUGAUUGAAUUAGAUCAACAAGUAGUUUUGAUGAAUUUCUAACUGUGAUAAAUGAUUUAUAAUAAAGAGUUUUUGUCAAAAACGCUUUUGAUAGUGUGAUGUCGUUGAUGAUAUUGUGUUGCUGGGAAACUGCGUUGACAUUGUGACGUCAUUUUUCUCUCUGUUUACACUCUGAAGAAUUUAAAAAGCUAAAAAAUGUUUGGAAAAAA